AUGAUGCACAUUCUCGCCACAUUACUCCUCUUUUUUACACUUUCAACACCGACAUUUCAAGCUGGUAGGGACAUCCGUCAAACAAUAACUCUCAACACAUUCUCCCUCCUUCCUCACCAGCAGAUUCGACAUUCUUCGUCGCGCUCAACCUCGGCACAAUCCUCGAUUCUGAUAGUCUUCCGGGCAACUCGACUCUUUAUCAGACCGAAAAUCCGGGCUACCAUGGAAAGUACCGGCUGAGAGUGGUGAUGUUCCAGAAUUCGAUGCUGAAAACUGAACAGCUCCGACACUUUAAAGUUCGCGAUGGCGGGGUGUAUAGGGAAAGGUGACUCAUCAUGAACUAACAAUGAAACAGCAGCAAGACGUUCAGUUUGUACGAUGUCCUUUUGAAUGGACACAACAGCGGUUUGGAAGGAACUCUGUUUUCAAUCACGAACGACGAUUCUGUUGCGUAUCCAGGGUUUGCAGUUCUGGUCACGCCCGAGUACGGUAUGACGUCAAUGCAAGGGUUGGGUGUUAACAUCAAGUUUGCAGGAUUCUCAACGGUUCCUACCCUCAACCCGGUCUCUCAACCCAACAUCACCGUUUCUUACUCGUCUCAAGACACAUCUUCAGUUGUAUUCCAUGAAAUCACCGAUCAAUACUCGGGAACAAGUGUCCCAACACUGCUGACCACGGCUACAUUUGUAAGUCGUACUUUCACCGUCAAUUAUUGAAGUUAUUGAUUUCAGAAAGGAUCGGGAAGUGUGAAAAUCUACGCAGGAUGUGUCGUCGCCGGUGACGAAUCGAAGAAAAUCGCAGAAAUUGAGUGAGAACCAGAGUUGAGCGGAAGAAUUUUGUAUCUUUUUUAGAAAAUUUUUUCAUGAAAUGUGAUCAACUGACGAAAUGUAGAGCAAAGUGAACUGUGCUCAUAGAAAAAUAAUUGUAAAUUUAGCGUUUCAUACAAAAAAGUUAUUCGAGUUGUUAUUCGUUAGCCCCCUUUUUCACGGAACAACUCGAAUAACUUUUUUGUAUGAAAAGCUAAAUUUACAAUUAUUUUUUUAUGAGCACAGCUCACUUAGCUAUACAUUUCGUCAGUUGAUCACAUUUCAUGAAAAAAUUUUCUAAAAAAGAUAAAAAUUCUUCCGUGAGUUCUUCCGCUCAAAAUGUACACACACAAAAAAUUUCAGCGCCACCAACUUUGAAAACUAUACGGAUCUUGAGAUUCGCGGAAGAUGCAGAACUUACCAAGUGUCCGGGGGUACUUUCCAGUACUUCAAAUUGGAUAUGUGUAAGUCUCUUCAAAAACUAUCCGACUUUGAAGGGCACCUUCAGAUCGCCUAACUUUUCGACACGAAGUCGGCCAAAAAGGUGUCAUUAUGUCGGAUUUCUAUCCGUAUCCCGGAACAAAUGAUAAAAGAAACUAUCUGAUUCAAGGACCGGGUACACAUUUUGGACGACUUUUCUAUUUGUUUAGUUCGUAAAUGGUUCAGAACAAUCGCACGAUAUCAUUGUGAACUAUGAAAUCGUUGAUAUCGGAACGGGAAUCAGUGUGAGCUUGGAGGAGGAUUUGCGUGGAAAAGACGCGGUUUAUAGAAGGUAAAAGAGCGGAAAAAAUUGAAACUAAACGCAUGUUUUCAGCUUCACUUCCUCCGACAACGGCACUUCUUACACCUCGAGAUCCACAUUCCAACAGUACAUCGAGUACCGUGUGUUAUCAUUUUCUCGUAAACUCUCAAUAACGUUGGAUUUUUUCUUCGAACCUUUCUUCUAUCCAGCUGGAACCUUCACGAGUUCAAAAAGACACUUCUGUGGACUAGACUUUUGUGACCGCGGCGACGGAACCAUUUUGUAGUUUGUUGUUUGUCACCGUUAUUUGCCACUGACUCAUGUAAAACCGGGCGGUGCUCAAAAUUGCUCCCUAGAAUAUUGUUGGUUUGUUCGUCGAGUCUCUGCACAAAACAAUGCUCAGCUACCGGCAGUUUUCCCACAAAGACAUGUGCGGCUUCCGAGUCGAACAUCCAUUACUCGACCGAAAACAAUUGGUCCUUAUUUGUAAGUCAUCCUUCGUUUUUCCAAUGUUCUUUAGUGUUCAGGUCUGUCUUCAAUGUGCAUUCUUCGCUGCCUCAUGCUCAUCUUGUUGUUAGCCAUCGAACUCGCCGCUCUCUACUAUUUCGGAGUGAUUCCAACAAUGAAACACUUUGCGAACACGCUUUCCGUUCAGGGUUUGGCGUGUGGACCUUGAGGUUUGUUCUAGCGAGUUUACAUUGAAACGUUGAGCGCACAGCUUGCAGACCCCAAACUUUUCAGCCCCUCAAUCCAAGCCCAACAAUCCUGCAAAAACUUUGGGCCCGGGCCGACCAAUUGCCCAGCCGUGGUAAGAUUGUAAUUUGGUUAUGUGCACAAUAUUUUAUGAUAUCAAACAUGUUUUUAGUCAAUCAGAAUUGCUUUAAUCAAAAAAAAAAAAAAAACAUUACUCGUUCGUGUUUUCACUGUUGUUUCAACGUGUUUUAUUAAAAAACCAGGGAAUCCUCAAAUUUUUUGAUUUUUUUUGUGAAAUUUUUUGUGUCUGUUUGAAUUGUCUCUUAUUGCCUCAUACACCGCACGGUCUCCAGAGCUGACAAUGGACGCAAGUGCGCCCCGCCCAAUAGAGCGAUACGUUGGCGCGAAAUUCAAAUUUUAACAGCAAAAUUCGCCACGAAAAACCGAUAAUUUCUCAUUUUUCUCUCGAUAGACUGAUUUUAUAGGUUAUUACGAAUUUCUUAAGCGCAAAAGCGUCAAAUUUGGUCAAGUCGCAAAUCACAUUUAUCCGUUUAAAGGUUUUUCGCUAAAAUUGCGUGAAUUUCAGUUGCUUUUUGGUAAUUUUCGCGGUUCGAGCGCUCAAAAUGCUUGUAUUUACGUGAUUUAUCAUUCUCAAAACCAAUUCUGUCGGAAAACGGCCAAGAAAGCGCAAAAUGUGAAGUGCGGGUUUUAGGAAAAAAAAAAAACUAAAUUUCGAAAAAGCGAAAUCCGCGAAAAAUGCGCCAAAACGUCAUAAAUUCUGUGAGAAUUAGUGUGUUUUCAUGUCAAACAAUCAUUUUCCAUCGCCGUUGAGCACAAAAAUCAGAGAAAACGUGCUCAAUGUUGUUUUUCAACAUGUUGUUUCAACUUGUUUUAUUAAAAGCGCACGAUCUUCGUGUCAAGUCACAAAACACCGUUCAGAACAUAAUUUUCAGGUCCCCGGACGUCCAAACAACACAACUUUUGAUUUAUAAUCAUUCUUUUGUCUCUCACUCCCCACAUCCAUAUCACUUUCCGAAUCAGGCCUAA